GCUGCCAGCUUCGCCACGAUGAGCAUCAAGUUCACUGUGAAUGGAAUUCCAUACGAGGUGCAGUCAGCUAACUACGCCCCAGACAUCACGUUGAACACAUUUCUCAGGGAGCAUCUCCACCUGACGGCCACCAAGUACAUGUGCCUGGAGGGCGGCUGUGGCUCCUGCAUUUGUGUCAUACGACGUCGGCAUCCCAUCACAAAUGAAAUUAAUUCCCGAGCUGCCAACUCGUGCCUUACCCUGCUGAACAGUUGCAACGAUGUGGACAUUGUCACCGACGAGGGCCUGGGCAACAAGAGCAGCGGCUAUCAUCCUAUUCAGAAGCGUCUGGCCAAGCUCAAUGGCACCCAGUGUGGCUACUGCUCACCGGGAUUCGUGAUGAACAUGUACGGGUUGCUGGAGGCUCAGGCGGGUAAAGUUACUAUGAGUGAGGUGGAGGAUGCAUUUGGGGGCAACAUCUGCCGCUGCACCGGCUACCGACCCAUACUGGAUGCCAUGAAGUCCUUUGCAGUGGACAGCAAUAUUGAAGUGCCAGCGGAGUGUCUAGAUAUAGAGGACUCCUUUGAGCUGCUCUGCCCACGCACCGGUCAAUGCUGCAGCGGCAGUUGCUCCCGCCUCUCGCUGCCAGCCCAGAACAACAGCCAUUGGCAUUGGCCCAAGACGCUAGGAGAGUUGUUCCAGGCACUCGCCCAGGUGCCCACUGGAGAGGAUUACAUUCUGGUGGCAGGAAACACGGCGCAUGGCGUGUAUAGGCGGCCAAGGAGUGUACGACACUUUAUUGAUGUCAACAUGGUGCCCGAUCUGAAGCAGCACAGCAUCGAUACAGAUGAAAUGCUGCUGGGUGCCAAUCUGACCCUCACGGAUGCGAUGCAGAUCUUUCGACAGGCCCAGCAGCGGAACGGCUUCGAGUACUGCGCACAAUUGUGGCAGCAUUUUAACCUGAUCGCCAAUGUGCCGGUGCGGAAUAACGGAACACUGGCGGGAAAUAUAUCAAUGAAGAAGAAGCAUCCAGAGUUUUCCUCGGAUGUUUUCAUCACAUUUGAGGCACUGGAUGUGCAGGUCCUGGUGUACGAGAAUGCGAGUCAUCAGCGAGUGAUGAGCCUGUUGGAUUAUCUGCAAGAUACCACAUCAAAGCUCGUCAUUGGUGCGUUUGUACUAAGGUCCUAUCCCAAGCAAAAAUACUUGUUCAACUCCUACAAGAUCCUCUCGCGGGCUCAGAAUGUUCACGCCUAUGUCAACGCUGGUUUCCUCAUCGAGUGGCAGAACUCCCAGCAUCGCAUAGUGGCCUCAGCUCGCCUUUGCUUUGGCAACAUUCGACCUGGCUAUGUGCAUGCCCAGAUUGUCGAGCAGUUGCUAGAGGGUCGUGAUCUGUACGACAAUGCGACAGUAUCGCAAGUCUUUGAGCAGCUGCUGACCAGCCUGCAGCCAGUGGAAAUGCAGGCAGAGGCAUCGCCAGAGUAUCGCCAGAAACUGGCCUGCUCACUCUUCUAUAAGUUUUUGCUCGGCUCGGCGCCCCAGGAGCUUAUUCAUCAGAGUUUUCGCAGCGGCGGUAAGCUGUUGGAGCGACCAAUAUCCUCGGGUAGUCAAACCUUUGAGACUAUUCCCAAAAAGUAUCCGGUGUCCCAGGCCGUGGAGAAGCUAGAGGGCCUCAUUCAGUGCUCUGGGGAGGCCAAAUAUAUGAAUGAUCUGGCUACCACCUCCAAUACUGUAUACUGCGCCUUCGUGACGGCAAAGAGAGUGGGUGCCACAAUUGAAGAGCUCGAUGCAAGAGCCGCCUUGCAGUACAAGGGCGUGGUUGCCUUCUUUGACCUCAAGGACAUUCCCGGGGACAAUAAUUUCAACAACACCACAUUGCUUACAGUCCCAGGGGAAAUCGAGGAGAUCUUUUGUGCUGGACGUAUAAGGUACUAUGACCAGCCACUGGGCGUAAUCGCUGCUGUGGAUCACGAUGUGGCUGUCUAUGCGGCGACUCUGGUGCAGGUGACCUAUGCUAAAGACCAGGUGAAGAUCUAUACAAGCAUGAGCGCCAUACUGGCUGAGAAGGAGAUGGAGAAGGAUCGACUUGUGGCUUGUACCAGCAAUUGUGAGGAAGUCUCCAAUCCUCUGCUGGAGCCAGGCGAUGUUCUGGGGCGUGGUAUUCUUGAGUUAGAGCCUCAGUACCACUUCACCUUGGAACCACAAACCACUGUGGUUGUUCCUGUUGAGGAAGGACUCCAAGUUUGGUGUGCCACCCAGUGGAUGGACGUCACCCAAGCCAGCAUUGCCCGUAUGCUUAAGAUAGAGGCAAAUACAGUGCAGUUACAAGUUCGACGGGUUGGCGGGGCCUAUGGAGCGAAGGUAACGCGGGGUAAUCAGGUGGCCUGUGCCUGUGCACUGGUUGCUCACAAAUUGAAUCGACCUGCACGUUUUGUUCAAACUAUCGAGUCAAUGAUGGAAUGCAAUGGCAAGCGGUAUGCGUGUCGCUCUGACUAUGAGUUCCAGGCGAAGGCCAAUGGCUUCAUACGAAUGUUAAGCAAUAACUUCUAUGAGGAUGCAGGUUGCACGCUCAACGAAAGUGUGGUUGAGUUUCUCACCACGCCUGCUCUCAAAAAUGUUUACAAUCUGACCAGCUUGAACUUCAAAAUAAAAGGUACAGCCGUGAUAACAGACGCGCCAAGCUCCACAUGGUGUCGGGCGCCAGGUACAGCAGAGGCCAUUGCCAUGACGGAGACGGCUCUGGAGCACAUUGCCUUUGUCUGCAAACUGGAUCCGGCGGAUGUCCGACUUGUCAACUUGCGUCCUGGCAAUAAAAUGGCAAAGUUGUUGCCUCGAUUCCUAGCGUCCACGGAGUACCGAAAGCGACGGGAAGAGAUCAACUUGUUCAAUUCCCAGAAUCGUUGGCGCAAACGUGGAUUGGGCCUAGCAUUAAUGGAAUUCCCCUUAAAUACAAGCAUUGCAUUAUGUUACCCCUCGACUGUGGCCAUUUACCAUGCCGAUGGAUCUGUGGUCAUUUCGCAUGGUGGCAUUGAGAUCGGGCAGGGCCUGAACACAAAGGUGGCCCAGGUUGCUGCCUUCGUGCUGGGCGUACCAUUGGAGCGAGUACGUGUGGAGAGCAGCAAUACGGUCAACGGAGCCAAUUCUUUUCUCACAGCCAACUCCAUGGCCAGUGAAAUGGUUGGCAUUGCUGUUCGCAAAGCCUGCGUCAAGCUAAAUCAGCGUCUGGAGCCCGUUAAGCGCAGUUUGGGGGCUAAGGCUAGUUGGCAGCAAGUGGUGGAGAUGGCUUUCACCCAAUCUAUCAGUUUGAUUGCAACCGAGUCGUUUAAAAGAGGCGAUCAGAGCAACUACAGCAUCUUUGGCUUGAGUCUAAGUGAACUGGAGCUGGACAUACUGACUGGUAAUCACCUGAUACGCCGUGUCGACAUACUCGAGGAUGCGGGUGAGAGUCUCAGUCCCAGCAUUGACGUCGGUCAGGUCGAGGGUGCUUUUGUGAUGGGUUUGGGUUACUAUCUAACCGAGCAGCUGCUCUACGACCGCCAGACGGGUCGCCUACUCACGAAUCGCACCUGGAACUAUCAUCCACCGGGUGCAAAGGAUAUACCCAUUGAUUUCCGCAUCGAACUGCUGCAAAAAAGUCCCAAUCCCGUUGGUUUUCUCCGCUCCAAGGCCACCGGUGAACCCGCUCUCUGUCUGGCUGUGGGAGUUCUCUUUGCCAUGCAGCAUGCCAUACAAUCCGCCAGGCAGGAUGCCGGACUUCCGAGAGAGUGGGUACGUUUGGGUGCACCCACCACACCAGAGACAGUGGUGCUAUCCACUGGAAACGUAGUUGAACAGUUUUCACUUUAACAAAUUAAGUAUAUUUUUUCAAUUUACCGUAGUUGUAAACAUUAUCAUUACGGUUUUGCCUUGAAUGUUUUAUUUUAUUUAAUAAUGGAAAUGGAAAUGAUUCGAGAUAAAGUUGAAAUCUGCUUGUAGCAGAAAUCUAUCUGCAAAUGGA